AUGAUUAUGGACGGCUUGGGAUCCAAUUGCACUGAAGAUAAAGAAUUAGUAUCCACUUGGAGUAAAUUAGUUCCCCUAAAGGUUUCGGUGUUGGCCUGGAGGCUAUGGCAAAAUAGAAUCCCAACUAAAGACAGUUUAAUCAAGAGAGGCAUUCUGGAAGAAUCUCAAAGUUUUUGUCCAUAUUUUUGCGGAAAAGAGGAAAGUGAGGAACACAUUUUCUUUGAAUGCCUGAUAGCUUUGGUAACUUGGAGCGAGAUCAUAAGAUGGCUGAAUUUCUCUUAUGUUUCACACAAUUCUGCUAUGUGGAGUUUUCUCCAUUUUGCAGGGUUGUGUAGCGGCGACAUAGUUAUGAAGGAGAGAUUUAGUGUCAUCUGGUUCGGCUACAUUUGGACAAUGUGGAGGAGAGGAAACGAGGAAAAUUUUAAAAGUUCAGAGGGACAUACAGAGGGAAAUUCAGUUUCAUAUUUAGAGGAUAUUCAGUUAACAUCUUGGAAAUGGCUUAAGAGUAAGGUUAUUGGCUUUAACCAUGCUCUUAUCCAAUGGAAUCUAAACCCGAAGGAGUGUUUGGGAUGGAGAAGUUGA